AUGAACCCAGACAAAGAGAAACAGUUUUGCGCAUUCAUGGAGAAGAUUUUCCAAAAUGGACACGCUGAGCCAGCCCUGCCAUUGAAAACUAAUAAAGAAAAGUGGUACUUACCCAUAUUUGGUGUAUUUCACCCUAAGAAAAGCAAGAUAAGAGUUGUGUUUGACUCGUCAGCAAAGUGUCAAGGUGUGUCGCUGAAUGAUGUUUUGAUGACCGGCUCUGAUUUGACUAACAGUUUGAUUGGUGUGCUCCUGAAGUUCAGGAAGGAAAAGGUCGCGGUGAUGGCUGACAUCGCGCAGAUGUUUUUCAACUUCUUUGUACAUGAGGAAGAUAGGAACUUUUUGCGUUUCUUGUGGUUUCGAGACAAUGACAUUAACAAUGAACUCGUGGAAUUCAGAAUGUGCGUCCACGUGUUUGGCAAUUCACCAUCCCCUGCAGUUGCCACGUUUGGAUUGAGAAAAUCCCCCUGUAAUCAUCAUUCAUCAGAAUUGUGCAAUCAAGUGUGUGAACUUGUAAACAAACAUUUUUAUGUUGAUGAUGCCUUAGUAUCCUUACCCGAUGCAGAGUCAGCCAUAGAAAUCAUGAAAAAGACUCAGGAUGUGUUGAAACAGAAUGGAAAUAUAAGACUGCAUAAAAUCAGGUCAAACAGCAGUGAAGUGUUGAAGAGUUUCCCGACUGAGGACUUAUCAGAAGAUGUACUUAACAUGGACUUCGGCGACCCCGUAAGAAGUCUUGGCCUAUUAUGGGACAUCAAACAAGAUGCAUUUACUUACCAGUUGCUUGAAGACGUGAAACCAUUCACAAGGAGAGGCAUACUAUCUACAGUUAAUAGUAUAUAUGACCCCUUAGGGUUCAUCGCGCCUGUAAUACUAGGGGGCAGACUGGUGUUAAAAAAGGCCAUGAACAGCACAGUGGAUUGGGACGAGCCUCUACCAGACAGCCUGCACACAGAAUGGGAGAACUGGAGAAUGUCAUUAUCACAUCUAGAGUCACUUAAGAUUCCCAGAAUAUAUGCCAACAUUCAGCAUGCAUGCCGAAGGGAGCUACACACUUUCUGUGAUGCAUCCAAAGAGGCCAUAGGAGUAGCAACGUAUGUCAAGUUGUACAAUAGACAUGGAGAGUCAGAUCAUGGUUUUGUGAUGGGCAAGUCGAAAUUAGCACCACACCACAGUCACACUAUUCCACGAUUAGAACUGUGCGCGGCAGUACUCGGAGUUGAGAUUGCGGAAUUUGUAGCCGACCACCUUAACAUACCCAAAGAAUCAUGUUAUUUCUACACGGACAGCAAAGUAGUCCUAGGCUACAUCUUCAACGAAAGUCGUCGAUUUCAUGUCUACGUGGCCAAUAGAGUGGACCGAAUUAGACGAACUACUCCCCCUAGUCAGUGGAACUUCGUAGCAACAGAAAACAAUCCAGCGGACCAGGCAACUUGGUACCAAGAAGCUCACAAAAUAGAAAACAAAGUGACAGAAAUGGAGGGCAUUGGUUCAGAACGCUUCACCAGAUUAUCAUCAUGGCAUUCUCUAGUGAAAGCCCUAGCCAACAUAAAUAAACUGGCAGCAAGGUUCAGUAAACGAAGUUCUCCGAAAGAUCCUCUCACCCUUUACAAAGAAGCAGAGCGAUUCAUUCUGAAAACCAUUCAGCAGGAAUUUUAUUCCAAGGAGUUGAAUUGUUUAUACAGCAACCAGCCAUUACCAAAGAAUAGUAGUAUCUUACCUCUUUCUCCCAUCCUGGACGAGGGAGGACUAUUGCGAGUCGGUGGGCGUCUGAGAAGAGCCAACCUCCCUACUGGAGAGAAGACACCUAUUCUUAUACCAGGCAAACAUUACAUUGCCACAUUACUGGUUAGACACUACCACGAGUCUAUUUAUCACCAGGGUCGACACCUGACAGAGGGAUUUUAUUCGUCGAGCUGGUUAUUGGACACACAGGUGGCAAGCGUUUAA